AUGGGUGAACUAAUCGAAAGCGAGCCUGAUCUGGCCGCUAUCAAGCCUUCGUUCACUUCCUCAUCUGAGCCUGAGAACCCCCGAUCAAAGUCCCUUAUCGAAGCACUCUCCCUAGAGCUUCAUAUCGAAGGUGGUUACUUCCGCCAAACGGACGCAAAUCCCAUCACCAUACCUUCAACCUAUUCAGAAGAAGCACUGUCAGACCAAACCCUCGCACUUUCUGGUCCUACACGUGAGGGAUACAGGGCUGAAACCCGACGACUCUCAACCACCAUCUUUUACCUCCUUACACCACGUCAACCUCAAGGCAACUUCCAUCGCAAUCGCAGCCGUGUCAUACAUACACUGCACCGUGGCCGCGGUCGCUAUGUCCUCAUCCACCCAGAUGGUCGUGUCGAGUCUUUCAUUGUAGGAAACGCAGUCGAGCGCGGCGAACGCAUACAAUGGGUCGUCGAGGGUGAUAUCUGGAAGGCAAGCUAUCUGCUUCCUAACGUUUUUGGUAGUGGACAGGAGUCGGAUGGGGGAGAGCCUGAGGGUCUGCUCAUCUCAGAGACAGUUGUCCCUGGGUUUGAGUACCAUGAUCAUGCAUUCCUCACCCAGCAAGGUUUCAGAGAACUGCUCAAGGAAGAUCAAGUGCGUGAAUUGGAAUGGCUUGUAAGGAGGUCAGAUCAAAGACACGAUGUAGAUGAGCCUGUGGUGUCUGCUGAGUCAUGA